AGUGCAAAAGCAGGUCCCGCUCCAUCUGAUGGGUGUCAGUGCAACGCGUGUGCUGCGGUGCAGGCACUGAGGAAGUACCUGAACCCCAAGCACAUGACGGCAGCGUGGCACCCAGCACGGCUCUCCCGUGCUGCUGAAAGCAUGGGGAGGAGGAGGAGGGUCCAGUGAGUGUCAGUGCCACCGGGGCGUGCCGUGAGCUUGCAGGGGUGCAGGAAGUAUAAAAGAGAGUUUCCCAAAGAGGGUCUCUGGCAGGAGCUGCGGUGCAGGGAGGCUGCGCUGGAACAUGCGAUGCUCUUCCUAACCUUGUGCCUGCAUCUCUGAAACCAGACCAUGGAGGGUGGCAAGCCGGUAAAGGUCACUCUUGCUCUCAGCCUGCCCCUGUUUUUUCAGGUCUGUGCUGGGAACAACGUCACCGAUUACUAUGACUCCAACACCACCAUCGACUACAACGACUUCGAGGUCCUGUGUGAGAAGGAUGAUGUCCGUAACUUCCGCGCUGCCUUCCUCCCGGCCAUGUACGCCCUCAUCUGCUUCACAGGCCUGCUGGGGAACGGGCUGGUGGUGCUCACCUACAUCUACUUCAAGAGGCUCAAAACCAUGACAGACAUCUACUUGCUGAACCUGGCUCUGGCAGACAUCCUCUUCCUGCUGACCCUCCCCUUUUGGGCCACAACUGUGGCCAAGCACUGGCUUUUUGGGAAGUUUGCCUGCAAAGCUGUGUAUUGCAUCUGCAGAAUGAGUUUCUUCAGUGGGAUGCUGCUCCUCCUCUCCAUCAGCAUCGACAGGUACUUUGCCAUUGUCCAGGCUGCCUCAGCCCACCGCUUUCGGCCCCGGAUGAUAUUCAUUAGCAAGGUUACAUGCGUCCUCAUUUGGCUCCUGGCCUUCAUCCUCUCAAUCCCCGAGCUGGUUCACAGUGGUGUAAGAAACGUGGACAACAAUCCCCGUUGUUCCAUCAUCGCUCACGACUUGCAGACCUUCAACGCUGGCAUCAAAGUGUCCCAAAUGGUUUUUGGCUUCUUAUUUCCCUUGCUGGUCAUGUCUGCCUGCUACCUCAUCAUCAUCAAGACAUUACUGCAGGCCCGCAACUUUGAGAAGAACAAAGCCAUCAAAGUCAUCAUUGCCGUGGUCAUUGUCUUUGUUAUCUUCCAGCUGCCCUACAACGGUGUCAUGCUGGCCAAGACCAUCUCAGCCUUCAACCACACCAGCUCGUGUGAGGAGAGCAAGCAGCUCGAUGUGGCAGAUGACGUGACCUACACCCUGGCCUGCUUCCGAUGCUGCCUCAAUCCUUUCCUCUAUGCCUUCAUUGGCGUCAAGUUCCGCAACGACCUCUUCAAGCUCCUGAAGGAAUUGGGCUGCCUGAGCCAGGAGCGCCUCUGGCAGUUCUCAACCUGCCGCGAGAGCAAGAGGUUCUCCUAUGCCAUGGAGACAGAGACAACCACCACCUUCUCCCCAUGAGCCGAGCUCCAGGCAGGCUUUGACCGAGCUGCAGUAGUCCUGUGCACGUCCUCUGUUCUGAGCUAUUGGCAGAGCAAGACCUGCCACUACUGUAGGAGAGAGGCAAACCCAGGAGGCUCUGCCUGUUUCAGGCAGCAAACACUGCUAGCCAAUACUCCCAUGGAUGGAGAGACUCUGGUAAAGCUGGGACUAACAGCAAAGCAGGGGAGAGGGAGCCUGGUGAGUCUAGAACUUAUCCCAUCAUUUCACCUUUAUUUCAGUCUUUCCUAGUCAAAAUGAGAAAUGUUCAGAGCGUUCUCCCUAAAAAGCAACAAAUACCAAGAGAAACAGACAAGA